AUGCACCAGCUCGUCUUAUUGCUCCUCUUCCUCUUCCUCCCCGAUGCAACCUUCUCCACACCCGCCGCCGGGCCGUCGUGCAACCGGCAGUGCGGCAGCACCACGGUACCGUACCCUUUCGGCUUCUCCGGCGGCGGCGGCGGCGGCGAGUGCCCGAUCCUCCUAGCCUGCAACGCCACCACGUCCACAGCGCUGCUCCCGCGCAGCACGGCGGCGGCGCCGUACCCGGUGCUCUCGUUUAACUCCACGGCCUCCACCUUCCUGGUCUCACUCGCGCCGUCGUGCGGCCGCGGCGUCGCCGAGGUCAGGUCGGCGCUCGACGGCGCCGGCUACGGCGUCACCUCCCGCACGGGGCUCUUCCUCCGCGGUGGCGGCGGCGGCGGCGGCGGGCCCGCGACGACGGGGUCCAACUCGAGCAGCUGCAACGUGCCCUCGGGCGUCAUGUCGGCCAUCCUCCACACGGCGCAGUGCGGCGGCGGCAACGACACGUCCUGGACGUGCGUGCUCUCCGCGCCGCCGGCCCCGGGCAGCCCCGCCGCGGCGAGCGGCGAGGGCCAGUUCUUGCGCUGGGACAGCGUGGCCGGCGCCGGGUGCCAGGACGCCCUCACCUCGGCGGUGUACGCGUACACGGCGCAGGGCGUGCCGUCGAUCGAGUUCGGCAUCGCGGAGAUGGGCUGGUGGCUCAACGGGAGUUGCAACAGCGGCGGCGGCGGCGGGCAGUGCGCGCUGAACGCGACGUGCCACGACGUGCAGACGCCGGACGGGGCGUGGGGGCACCGGUGCACGUGCGCGGACGGGAUGUCCGGCGACGGGUUCGCCGCCGGCGAUGGGUGCCACUACGACAGCGCGCCGAGCGGUGAGUGCGCAGUGCUUGUGCUUCCGACCGUCAUCAAUUAUAUAUCGUUGCUCUCGUUCUCGUCACGGUGA